AUGCCCCGUGGAAGAGCUUCUCGGACUUCUUCUCAUACCGAACAUCAGAGAGAUAGAAGACGUCCUGAGAUUACAAUAGUUGCUGCUGAGCCUCUCAGACCAUCCUCCUGGUUUCCAGGUGGAAAUGUCACUCCACAAGGAUUAGGAUUCCCUCCUCCUUCCCAGACUAACUGGAGGACAAAUGAGCUUGUUCCAGCUGAGCUUCCACCAUCUUAUGAGCAGGUGAUAAAAGAAAUUAACCAAGUGCAAGUCAAUACAACAAAUAACAAUAAUGCUGCUGCUGCUUCUAGAUGCACUGCAACGUCUGCCACACAAACUGACUUUCCAGAGGAAAUAAUCAGCCAUUUGCCAAGAACAGUGCAAAGUCCUCUCAAACCUCCCAGACCUCUCUUAAAUAGCAAUCCUUCAGAAAAUGAGGCUCCCUUAGUUGUCUCUGAAGUGUCUGAAGAAUGGAAGUGCCAAGAAAAUCCCAGUAAUGUGACCGGUCCACUGCCAAAACCAAGAUCAAAAGGCAAUCUCAGACCUGUGGUCAGAGAUAUUCAAAGCAAAUCACAAGACAAUCAGGAAGAAGUGAGCCAGCCUCAAGCUGAAAGGGAGCCAUCUCCAAGUCAGCCAGUGUCCCUCUUAGAUAAUAGCUUAUUGGACAAUCACAUGGUGAUGAACAGUAUGAAUACGGAAAAAAGCCAAAAUAGUAUUGGUUCAAGGAUCAAAGCUUUUGAAUCCCAGGCAAAUUCUGAUAUCUCAGGAUUAUCAAAGAAACCAGAAAUUGCUCCACGGUCAUUUGUCCCCAGACCAACUGUUUCUGCAAAGAAGCCAAUAAUAGCUCCAAAACCAGAGCUAGGGGCCAGGAGAGCUUCAGGAGAGUCGGGUUCAUGGACAGAAAACACACAAAAAGCUACAUCCAGGAAAUGGCACCCUCAACCUCAAGAAGCCGGGAGUAAUGUCAUAACCAAACCUGAAUUGCCAAAGAAACCAAAACCUGGCCUUGUAAAAAGUACUAGUAAUGAUUUGCUUGAUGCAAGGAAUGGGUCAGCUUCAGAGAACCAUGAUGAACAGAAGAAAUUCCCAGUUCCUGCUCCAAGGCCACUCGUUCCCAAAAAGUCUCUUUCUGUAGAAAGUCCUGCCCCUCAUUCGACUUUACUAAAACCAAUCAUCGCUGCUCCCAGUCUCUCGGUAGCUACCCAAGCAACAGCUUUCAAGUCCCUGAGAGAGUCAUCGGCUCCAACCAACCUCUCAACAUGUACUUUGCAAAGUAAACCAGUUGGGGAAGGAGAUCUUAUCAGUUUUGAUGAUGACGUUUUGCCCCCUAGUUCAGUUAGUGCAGUUCAAGAAUGUACCAGUUCUGAAGCAGGUGGAAGUCGUGUUGGUGGCAUCCUUAAAGCAUGUCCUAAGUGUGUGUUUAAUAAAUACACGCUAAAUAAAUUGUGUUUUUCAUUAGAUCCCUUUCAAUUCCCCUCCAAAACCGAGCCUGCAAAGGAACAGACAGUUCAACCAGCUAUAGCACGAAAGCCUACUGUGAUCAGAAUCCCAUCUAAACCAGGGAAAUCUUUAAAUGAAGUUCCAAAUAUCCCUCCACCUCUUCCUGCUGAAAAACCAAUUGGGAACACCUCUGGGAUCGUUGCUGGAAAGCCUAGUAAUGCCAAACAAACAAGGAAAGGGGAAUCUGAACAUUCAGAUCCAACAGGUACUUCUUGGACAGAGCCUGUGCUGCCCCCUAGGCCUGUGGAUGGAAAAAUUGUACCAGCUCGACUGCCUCCACCUAAAGGCAUUCCUGGAAGGCCACCUCCACCAAAACACUCUGGAACCAAGACCUCUUCCCAAAAGGACCCUUUUUGCCGAUCCUCGUCUGAUCUGACACUCCAUAAAAGACAUGACAUGUUUGGAAUGGGAGUCAAGAGAGCAAAGAGUCAAGUUUUAAAAAUUCAAGACCCAGCAUUACCGCCUCGACCUAAACCAGGGCACACUCUCUACAAUAAAUACAUGCUGCCUGUGCCUCAUGGAAUUGCCAAGGAAGAUUUCUCUCCUAGAAACCCUGGAGAACUCGGCUGCAAGCAUGGGGAUGUUCUUGUGCUGCUGGAGCAGAUCGACAGCAAUUACUUCAAGUGCCAAAAGGGAGGGGAAACCGGCAAAGUGCACUUGUCUCAUAUGAAGAUAAUCACCCGCCUAGAUGAGCAUCUGACAAGCAAGCAAAAGGAUUCAAACAAUAUUCAGAGGGUUUCUGACAAAAGUGCUCCUCAUGCUGUAGUGCUGCAUGAUUUUCCAGCAGAGCAUGCUGAUGAUUUGGACCUCCAUUCUGGAGAGACUGUUUAUCUUCUGGAGAAAAUAGAUAAUGAGUGGUACAGAGGAAAACUCGGGAAUCGCACAGGGAUAUUUCCUGCCAACUUCGUUAAAGUGAUUAUUGAUGUUCCAGAGGAAGAGAACAGGAAAAAAGUAUUGUUUUCAUCACCAUGUAUUAAGGGCCCGAGAUGCGUAGCUCGGUUUGAAUAUAUCGGAGACCAGAAAGAUGAGCUAAGUUUUUCAGAAGGUGAAAUUAUUCUUCUUAAGGAAUAUGUAAAUGAAGAAUGGGCCAGUGGAGAGCUGAAAGGCACAUCUGGAAUUUUCCCCUUGAACUUUGUGGAAAUUAUUGAAGAUCUGCCUGGAUUAGGUGUAGGAGCACCACUGAAGAACAAGAGGGAGAGUUCUGCUUGUCUUUCUCAGACUGAUAGACAGUCUGGAGAGUGGUGUGAAGCGCUUCAUGAUUUUACAGCAGAAACCAAUGAAGACUUAUCCUUUAAAAAGGGAGACUACAUCCAGAUAUUGGAGCAUGUGGACUCAGAGUGGUGCAGAGGGAGACUGAAUGAUAGCGAAGGCAUUUUCCCAGCAGUUUUUGUUCAGACCUGCUCCGCAGAAUCAAAACCUGUGAUUCAGAAUAUACAGAAAGGUAGAAAAGCCAAGGCUUUGUAUGACUUCCAGGGAGAGAAUGAGGAUGAGCUCUCCUUCAAGGCAGGUGAUAUGAUAACAGAGUUGGAACCUGUAGAUGAAAACUGGAUGAGUGGAGAAGUACAAGGCAAAUCUGGAAUAUUUCCCAAGAACUUUGUUCGAGUUCUAUAG